UUUAUAUGAGGUUUAUUUGCUUAUAUGAGUGGUUUUUUUUCUGUCUUAAUUAGCUUCUCUUUUAGCACCUGUGUUGUCUUUUCCCAUACAGGAGUGUUAACAUUUUAAUGUAGUCAUACUUAUCUGUAUUUUACUAAAUGAUUUGCAGGUUUUGUGUGUCCAUUUCUUCGACUUGUAAACACUGGGGUGCCCUGGGGCUCAGGUCUCAGACCUCUCUCGAUCUACAUUAAUUCCAAAGUAAUCUUAGUCUCCCAACAUGUAUACACUGAUGGCUUUUAUGUCUGGCUCUUCCUCUGAAUUCCAGUAAUAUAUGAUAAUUUAAAGGACCCUUGCUGAGCUAGAUACUUUCUUUUUCCUUAGUAUCCCAAUUCUUGAAUGGGAAGUCUGCAGUCACUGCCUCCAUUUCCUCGUCUUCCAUUUCAUCGUUGAACUCACUGCAGCUUGGCUUUUGUCCCGCCAUUCCGCUGCUGCUGUUGACAUUUGUUCCUAAAUAACAGCCCAUCCCUUUGCUUGUCAAAUGAAGUCUUAUGUGAAAUCAAACAGAAGCCGAAUUGCCCUUGCAGUGGGUUGGGGAGAACUGCGUGCCUUUCUCAUCUCUUCCAAUUGCUCCAGAGGCAUCUUUACCGAGUCCUGCCUAUCUUUCCAACCUCUUUAUUCCCUCAAACUUCCCAGUCUCCAGCCACAUUGAACUAUUCGGAGACUCUUGUAUCAUACUCCUUUCCAUCUCUGUGCCUCUGCACAGUGCUCCCGUAUUUGCCUUGAACUUGCUUUAGCCAGUUCUUUCCCCUCCAGUAACACCUCCCAGCCUAUCUACUUCUUUAUCAUUCCCUCUCUCUUUUGUGCGUCUGUUAUCACACUGGCCACACUGAAUUGUAGCUUUCUACUUACACCUAUUUCUUCUCUACUAAAGAGAAGGCUUGUAGAGAUCAGAGACCCUGGCUCCCCCCCCCCCCCCCCUUCAUCUCUUCAGUGCAGAUUAGCAGUGGAAUGAAUGAAUGGUCCAGGAAGCUCAGCUAGUUCAAAAUCUGAAUUGGCAGACCACUAAAGCUUUCUUUGUUUUGUUUUCAGCGGUUUUAUUAAGAUACAAUUCACAUGCCAUACAAUUCACAGGAUUCUGCAACAAUCACCAUAAUCUAAUUUUAAAACAGUUUUGUUGCCCUUCAAAAAGAAAACUCUACUUUUUAGCAGUCUCCAUUUUCCGACCCCCAACACACUCCCCAGCCCUCGACAACCACGAGCCCACUUUCUAAGACCACCACAUUUAACAUAGGUAAAUUGAUCACAAAUCCUCAAAAUCUCCCCGAUUCUGGACCCGAUGUGAAAUUUGGUAGAUAACUGUACCACUGAAACAAUUUAUACCGCAGCAACUCCGACUCAGGUCGCAGCUUAAGGUUUGAUCCGCAAUCUGUUAGACUCUUUGUUAGACUGCUUGAGCGGGAAUUUUUUAGAACUAGAUACACAUUUAACAAGGGUGGUUGGUUUGGGUUGGUCUUGCAUUUCAGUGUUGCUGUAGAAGUAAACCCCCUUGGGCAGUAAACAGGGCAACUGAAAAAACUCACUACCUCUGGUAACACUGUUCCGGGGACGUUAGUCCCCUAGAAAAUAACAUGGAUCAAACAUCACGUCGCUUUCCGGAGCUUUUAUUCUUAACGCGACUCUUCCACAGGCUCACCUCGGUAUGGGUGGGGUGCGGUGCGGUGCGGUGCGGUGGACGCGCGGAACCCGCAAGAAGACGAGCACCGCGUUUCUGCGAGACCGCCUUUGCGGAGCUGGGUCGGGUCUAGCGCGUUGCCGGGCAGCAGCGGCGUUGCCCGCGGCGGUCGCGCGUCCGGGUCGCGCGCGCAGUGACGCAGCCGGCGCGCGAUGACGCAGCGCGCGGCGCGGUGCACGCUGGGAUAUUUAAGUCUUCUCCGCGGCGCGGAGCCGCGAUGUCUCCGGCGGCUGCGGCGGCUGGCGGAGGCGAGCGGCGGCGGCCGAUAGCGAGCGCCAGGGACGGCCGGGGCCGGAGCGGGGGCUGCGGUGGGUCGGCCGGGGCGGCGCUCCUUGGCUUGUCGCUGUUCGGCCUCGUGCUGUACCUGGUGCCGGCGGCGGCGGCGCUGGCCUGGCUGGCCGUGGGGGCCACCGCGGCCUGGUGGGGACUGAGCCGCGAGCCCCGAGGUUCGCGCGCCCUCUCCUCGCUCGUUCGGAGCGCGCGGCGUCAGCGAGCACUGCACGCUGCGCCUCCGGCCAAGUCGGCGGUGAACGGAAGUCUCCUAGAGCCGCGGAGCCCGCUCGAAGGACCCGAUCCGGCCGAACUGCUCCUCAUGGGCAGUUACCUGGGCAAGCCCGGCCCCCCGCAGCCUGUCCCCGCCCCGGAGGCCAGGGACCUGCUGGAGAGGCCUGGCCGCCGCUGCGCGUCCGCGCGCGCCGCGUCGCCAGCGCGCUCGGCGCAUCGCGCUCACCACAUUCACCCUUCUCUCCCCACUCCUCUUCUCCGACCCUCGAGGAGGCCUUCCCACCGGGAUUGUGGGACUUUAUCAAACCGGUUUGUCAUAACACCUCGAAGACGAUACCCAAUCCAGCAGGCCCAAUAUUCCCUUCUGGGGGUACUUCCUACAGUGUGCUGGAAUGGUUAUCACAAGAAGACUGUGCUAUCUGCUCGUAAUUCCAAAAUGGUGUGCAGCCCAGUGACAGUGAGGAUUGCUCCUCCGGAUAGUAAAUUGGCUCGUUCGCCAAUACCAGAGCAGAUAAUCAACUCCACACUGUCCUCACCAUCAAAUAAUGCCCCAGACCCAUGUGCAAAGGAAACUGUACUGAGUGCCCUCAAGGAGAGAAAGAAAAGGACGGUGGAGGAAGAAGACCAAAUAUUUUUUGAUAGCCAGGAAAAUAAAAGAAGGCGCCAUGAUAGCAGUGGGAGUGGACAUUCAGCAUUUGAGCCCCUGGUGGCUAAUGGAGUUCCUGCUGCUUUUGUGCCUAAGCCUGGCUCUCUGAAAAGAGGUCUCAAUUCCCAGAGCUCAGAUGACCACUUGAACAAGAGAUCCCGCACCUCUUCCAUGAGCUCCUUGACAAGCACGUACACAGGUGGCAUCCCUAGCUCCAGCCGCAAUGCCAUUACCAGUUCUUACAGUUCUUCUCGAGGUUUCUCUCAGCUUUGGAAGAGAAGCGGGCCCAGCUUGUCACCAUUCUCCAGCCCAGCCUCAUCCCGCUCGCAGACACCAGAGAGGCCAGCAAAGAAAAUAAGAGAGGACGAGCUUUCUCACCGCUCCAGUUCUUCAACUCCUUUGGCAACAGACAAGGAGGCCCAGGGAGAAAAGGCUGCAGAUACAACCACAUGGAAGGCGCAGAACUCGUGGAGCUCCCCUCCCACACCUGGCAGCUCUGGGCAGCGGAAGCGAAAGGUUCAGCUCCUACCCUCCCGGCGAGGGGCUCGGCUGACCCUGCCCCCACCUCCCCAGCUUGGCUACUCCAUCACUGCCGAAGAUCUAGAUUUGGAAAAAAGAGCUUCGCUGCGGUGGUUUAACAAGGCCUUGGAGGAUGGGACUGAUACGGCUUCUAACUCUGGCACCGAGAAGCCCCCUACUACUCAACCUUCUUUGACGUUUACCCUGCCAACUACUGGGACCGCCGCCUCCCCAGCCGCCCUCCCAGCCCCAAGCCCCAACCCGCUGCUGGAGAGCUUGAAGAAGCAGCAGAGUUCUGCAGGCCCACCCCCUUCCUCGGAAUCUGCUGGAGUGGCAACCACUGGGGCCCACACACCUCCGAAGACACCCAGCCUUCCAGCCCCUCUUGGGUCUUCACAGUCGGGACCCCUUCCGGGCACCUCCUCGGACUCCAAAUCCACAGCCGCUUUCUUAGGGCUGACCCCUGCUGCUUCCCCGAUCCCAGCCGCUGACCCCACCAAGUCCCCUCCAGCUCCUCAGGCUGAGACAUCUGCCCCGUCUCCCACCCCGAAGCAAAGUCUUCUUUUGGGAAUGCUGAGCACCCCACCUGCCGACCCCCCUACCUCCACAGCCCCCGCCGUGUCCUCGGCAUCUCCCAUGUUCAAGCCCAUCUUUCUGGCCCCACCAAAAAGUGAGAAUGAGGGCCCUUUGCCAUCCAGCCCAUCCAAGGUCACCACCGCGACCCCUUCCGGCUCUGCCCUCCCUGCGCCUGCCAGCAGCCCCAAGCUCACUUUCGACCCGAUCUUCGGCAGCAUCGGGCCCCCUACGUCUGUGCCCUCGUCGGUCCCCUUCUUCAGUCAGACGGCCGUUCCAGCCACUGCCACGAGCACCCCUCUUUUCACCGGCCAGGCCGGUGCCACCUCAGCCGUGGCUCCCACGAGUACAGCCAGCACGUCCACAGACUCUGCUUCAAAGCCCACGUUCAGCUUUGGUGUGAGCAGCGUGACCAGCACCACCACUUCCGCUGCCCAGCCUUUCCUCUUCGGGGCUCCCUCUGCCUCUGGUGCCAGCUUCACCCCGGCCGUGGGCUCCAUAUUCCAGUUCGGCAAGCCUCCUGCCGCGCCCGCCUCGACGACGGUCACGACCUUUGUCCAGUCCCUCCCCGGGGCCGCGCCGACGACCGCCAGCGGCGGCGGCACCACUGGCUUCGGCGGUUUCGGCGGCAGCCUCAGCACCCCCGCCCCGGUCACCAGCAGCCAGCCGGCGCCGACCUUCACUAGCGCCGCCACCCCGGCGUUCCACAUUCCCUUCGGCUCGAGCACCAAGCCCCCCCUCUCUUCGUACCCGGGAGCCAACCCCCAGCCCACGUUCGGUGCUGCCGACGGGCAGCAGCAGGGCGCCGCCAAGCCGGCCCUUGCCCCGAGCUUCGGCAGCUCUUUCGCUUUCGGGAACUCUGCGGCCGCGGCCCCGGCUGCGACCCCAGCGCCCGGCCCGGCUCAGCCCGCCUUCGGCGGCGCCACGCCGUCCAGCUUCGGCGGUUUGAAGCCCACGGCGUCUGCCUUCGGCGCCCCCACCAGCACCCAGCCGGCCUUCGGCAGCGGCACGUCCGUGUUCUCCUUUGGGGCGGCCGCCGCCUCCGGCUUCGGAGCUACGACCCAGACCACCAGCGGCGGGACCGGUAGCUCCGUGUUCGGCAGCACGACGCUGGCGCCUUUCACGUUCGGGGGCUCGGCCGGCCCGGCCGGCGGCGGGGGCUUCGGGAUCAACACGGCCACCCCCGGCACCAGCUCUGCCUCUGGAGCGUUCAGCUUCGGCACAGGACAGAGCGGGACCACUGGUGGCACGACGCCUUUCGGAGGAGGCUUGAGUCAGAGCACGUUGGGCGCACCCAGCCAGGGCACACCCUUUGCCUUCAGUGUGGCGAGCGCGCCCGAGAGCAAGCCCGUGUUCGGAGGCACUUCCACACCCACUUUUGGUCAGAACACCCCUGCCCCCGGGGUGGGCGCAUCGGGCAGUGGUCUCUCCUUUGGGGCGUCCUCAACACCCACCCAAGGCUUUGUUGGAGUCGGACCUUUCGGAUCGGCGGCCCCUUCAUUUUCCAUUGGUGCAGGAUCCAAGACCCCGGGGGCUCGGCAGCGACUGCAGGCCCGCAGGCAGCACACCCGCAAGAAAUAGCCUUUGUCCCCGUUCCAUACUCCCCCCCCCCCCACCCCCCUCCUUGCCCACAUCUGGACCUCAGCACCUGCUAGGAAGAGCCUCUGACCCUUCUAGUUCCAUAAAGCAACCUACCCCAGAUCUCUGGCUUCUGCCACCAGGGAGGCGGUGGCAGCCCCGGUGGCCGGUUCCUGCUCCUUGAGGAAGAAGCCCCUGGCCUCUCGAGGGAGGGGGUGUGGGGUGUGCAGGGCAGGAGCCUGAUCCCUUUACUUGAAUGGCUCCGUGGUGAGGCUGGAGAAAACUGAAGAAACAUCUGUACAUACUGUCCUCGUCCUCCUCUGACUCUUGUCUGGUGUAUGAACUUGGUCAGGCGGCCUCCCUUCCUGCCUUGCCCCCAGAGCCAUCUCCUCUCGCCUGGCAGGUCGUAGGCACGGCCCUACCCACACGUGCCGCCGCCGUGCAGUGGAUGAUGGGAGUCGGGGAAGUGGGUCAGCCCCGCGGCUUUACCUUGCUUGGCUUGCCUAUAAAAAGCGGUUCUCCUCGGGUCCCGUUAGGGGACUCUGCUUCCCCAGUUCUUGCUGCUUCGUCCGUCCCUGGUUCCCCGCAGGCUCUACUCCUUUUUAAAGGACCUUGAAUCUAGCUUUGCCUUGGAGACCCCAGUGGGGCUGCUCCUGCUGGUCCACUUCCUCCUGCCAAGUCUGAGUCCAUGUUUGUCCUCAACCCUCUGCCAGUUCGGCCCCUAAAAGCUCGGUGGCUCAAGACUGUUAGCCUGGCAGCUGCAGGGGAGCUACCUCGCUCCGGGGGAGUGGGGGGAGCGCCGGGAGCGGGCAGGAUGUCCCCCGCUGCCUCCUUGCCCGCCUUCCCCGCUGGCCUCCGUGGGGCUCGUCCGCCUCCUCCCCGGGGUUGUAUGUUUAAAGCCUUGUUCUGUGUUACUGUCUGAUGCUCACGUCUAUCGCUCUUUGAAUCGAGUUUGGAGGAAGAAUUGAAUUGUAUGAGUGGCGGCAUGUUGGUAGUGCCGGACUUAACUGUUUCAAGUUUCUGGGGCCUCGCUAAUUGAAUGUGGAAAGUAGCACCGCUUUAUGGCUACACGUGCUGACUCCUGGAUUUUCAAAUGGUGUUUUGACUUUAAGGGCUGGCAGCCCAAGAGGAUGGGGCCGAGGGGGAAGCAAAGUCCUCUUCCCUCUGCUGUUUCCCUCUCGCCUACCUGACCCCACCGUGGGCUGGAUCCUCCCCAGAAUGUUAGAAAACCAAAAUUAACCAACCACGCUUCAAAAUUCAUCCCCCCCACCCCCCCCCCUUCAGCAGACCCUCCCCUCCGUCCCGUUCUUCCCGUUCCCAGAUCACAUACCCCAGGCCCAAGAGCCUUGCUGCCAAUGCCCAUCCUCUUUGGGAGAAGUAUGAAUGCGUGUGUCUAAAUUAAAAGAAAAAAAUAUUUAAACAUUUUUUAACGAAAUAAAAAUUUAUUUUUGUAUUUAAGCUAAAUUGCCUUUUAAAUUCCUUCAAGCUUGGUUCACUGAGGUGGUUAAGUAUAAAUGCUAUUGACUAGGAAUUAGCUGUAUAGUUAAGUUAUGCCUGUGUGGACAAGAGGCUCAGACUGUCCCAGGCAGCUUUCCUGAGGGACUAGAGCCCCUUCGGGACACAUUCUAUAAACCAUAAUUCUUAUUUUAUAAAUAAUGUGACGUAGAUGUGACUUGUCCCCCCUCCCCCCUCGUGACUGAGGUUGAGUGUGACGCAGGGGACUGCUCCUUCCCACCCCCCAGGAAGAGCAGACAGUAUUUACCUGUGUGUGGUGCCCAGAGGCCUGGACCUCGAGUCCCGAGUCCCUGUUAGGAUUGGGGGGGGGGGGGUGGGCACGGGUCUAGAAACCAAGCUUCUAGCGAUACCUUCCGGAAGGUAGAGCCUCGUUAGUGUUAGUGUUCCGAGCUAGUUUACCUCAGGUCCACAGGACACUUGGCCCGGGAGCCCCCAAAGAGGGUGUCCCGGCGCGGCCUGAGUGUGUGUGUGGGUGUGGGUGUGUGUGUGUGUGUGUGUGUGUACACGUACGUGCACUGGACAGGAACGGGAGGCUGGGACUUUCCAUUACAAAUAAAGACUUAAUUCCUGUGAGGCUAGUUGGAAUUUUUAGUAUGAAUGUGAGAUUUUUCUCCUUGCUUAUGUCAUUAAGAAUAAAAACAAACUGUGAUCUGUC